AUGGAGUUAGGAGAGAGAUUAUUGGAGCAUAAAUAUAAAAAAGGACAAUAUGGAAAAAAGACCAAUAAAAAUGUUGUUGAUCAGAAUAAACACUAUAGUAAUAAUAUAAUAUUGCUCCAGAAACCAAAGACAAACAAUACGAAUAUUACUAACAUUGCUAACAUUGCUAACACCGCUAAUAUUGCUAACACCGCUAAUAUUGCUAAUAUUGCUAGCCCUAGUAGAGCAAACCAAUCUUUGAAAAAAAAAAGAAAAAAUAGUUUAAGUAAAUAUAAAAAUAACAUAAUAAAUAUAAAUAAGAAAAACGUUGAAGACGUGCGUACUCAUCCAAAUGUAUCAACAAAUAAAUUCAUAAAUUAUUUAAAUAAUAUUAAAUACAACUUCUCCCUUAAGAGAUAUUUUAAAAUGUUAGUUAAUGUUUCAAUUUAUAAUUAUUUUCCCUUAAAUUUACGGAACGUAUCAAAUGAUAUUUGCAUGUGCGGACAAUAUUUUAACCUUAAAGAUACAGAAACUUUUAAGUUCUUUUUAAUUUUAUGCAAAUCAAAGGUACUGUUUACUUAUAGAUCAAAUUUCCUUCUAAAAAUUAGUGAUAGCUGGAAUUUCGCAAGUAGUAGUACGAGCACGAGUAGCAAUAAUACAACAGCUAACACAGCUGCCACAACUGCCGUUAGCAACAGCACAAUCAUCGAGGUUGCUACUUCUAGAAGCAAUAAUUCUAUAAUUAAUAAUAUUGUUGAUUCUACCCGAAACAAUGAAAUCCUUAGUUGUAGUACUAAAUGUGGUAGUGUCUAUUUUAACAAUAUAGAAAAAGUCCUAGAAAAUAUAAAAUCACUUGAAAAGAUAAAAGAAAAUAGGACAAAAAAAAAUAAAACAAGGAAAAAUUUAUAUUAUAAGGAAAGAGUAAUAAACUUUACAAAUAUACCUGAACAUUUUAUAAAAAAGGUUUAUUUUGAUGAAAAGGAAUGUUUUUACAUAAACUUUGAAAAGUUAUCAAAAUAUAGCAGUAGCUAUUGCUUCAGUAGAAAUAAUUAUAGAUAUAAAAACAAGUACAGAAGAACAUUUUAUAACAAUAAUUAUAUACAGAAUAAUUAUUUAGAAAAGGAAAAUGCUAAAGACACUCAUGUAGUAUAUAGUACAGAUGGUAGCAGUAACACAAUAGCAUAUGUAUAUAGUUUUGAAAAUAAUUCCCAUGUUUUUAAAGAGAAUAAACAACACACUGAUGAUCCUGACAAUUAUCACUACGAAGCAAUAAAAUACAUUAACAGCAACGAUGAUGUUAAUGAUGAUGCCCCUCAUGUGAAUGGUCACUGUGCUGAACAAAAAGAUAACAGCACAAAGAAGGAAUACUUGAAAACUUAUAUAAAUAGAAACUGUAAGGAGAUUGUGAAUGAUGAUAAUACAUUUAAUGAGUAUAAUAAUAAUGUUAUUAAAAGAAAGCAAUACAAAAAAUUAAAAAAUUUAUACUUGAAGAAGGGGGGGAAAAAAUAUGUUAUAAAUAGUAAGAUUAAAAAAUACAUAAAUACAUUAUUUAAAAAAAGGAAAAAAAGGAAUAAAAGCAAAUCAAACAAACAAGGUGAUGAUACCAUAUCUAUUUACAUGAGUGAUAGGGGUUGGGGGUGUAUGAUAAGAGUAGUUCAAAUGGUUCUAGCAAACAUAUUAAUUAAAUACCAGAUAUCCAAAAAAUAUGCUUUCUUUCAUAAUAUAGGUGAUUAUAUAUUUUACAAAAAUUAUUUAAACAAGUUGUACAUAGAAGGAAAUGAACGUAAAAAUGGUCAAGAGUUUACUAAGGAUGAUACAAAAAUGGGCACUACUGAAAAUGUUAAAAAAAUAGAACAAAAUAAUAAGAGCACAAGAAGAAAAGAAAUAAGAAAAGAUGUAGAAAAAGGAAUGGAAAUUAUUAAUGCUAUUACAAAAAUUCCAUAUGAAGAAUGCACAAAAAAAGAAAUUAAGGAAUCAGAUAAUUUUAAUAAGAAAGUACAAGCAAAAGUACUUCCAAAAAAUGACAGCUAUUCUUCAAUAUAUAAUAAUAGCAGUUAUGCUUCUCCUAACGAAUUAACGUACUAUUCAAAUAGGACAAUGAAAAAUGCAGAUGAUGUUACCAUUAGUGAUAUUCAUCCUGUGGAUACAUAUUCUUCUGAACGACACAAUACAACUAAAAAAUAUAAUAGCUCAUGUUACUAUAUCAAGAAUUAUGAAAACUUUUUAAAUGAUAAUAAUGAAAAUGUUAAAAAUAUGGAAAUUAACAAUUCAUUAGUUUAUUAUGUAUUACUACAGUUCAGAGAUAUAGAAAAUGCUAAAUAUUCCAUACAAAAUAUUAUUUAUGAAACGAUGAAAUAUAAAAAAGUUGCUCAAAAAAACGUGCAACACCUUGUGUAUGAAUGGUUAGGACCUACUAGCAGUGCAAUAAUUAUUUCAGAUUUAAUUAAUAAAAAGAGAGUUCAAUUCUUAAAAAAAAAAAAAAAGAAAACCUCUUUAAACCAUGAAAAAUAUACACUAGAAAAUGAUAUAAUUAGCAAAAGCAGUACUAUCGAAAAAAAAAAAAAAAAAGAAGUUUAUCCAGACCACACCACCAAAAAGAGUGCGAAAUGUGUAUUUGUAAAAAGAAAAAAUGGACAUGCAUUUUUUUCUUCAGUAUUUGAAACAGGUGUAAUAUAUAACAAUAAAGUCUUAAAAUUUUUUCAAAUUAAACAGAACAUAUUUAUAAUUAUAUGGGUAUGUCUAAAAUUAGGCACUGAUUCUAUAAACAUUGCGAAGUACAAACAAUCAAUAUUAUCUUGUUUUCGUUUAAAACAAUUUCAAGGAAUAAGUGGUGGAAACGUUCAUACAAGUGCUCAUUAUUUUUACGCAGCAAAUGAAAACGGCCUUUUUUACCUUGACCCUCACAUAAAAUGUCAAAAAGCUUUUACAGAUACAAAUAAUAAUAUGCAUUCCGAAUUUUUUACCAAAAAGAUUAAGUUCUUACCAUGGGAAUAUUUGAAUCCAUCGAUGUCCCUAAUAUUUGUUGUUGAGUCGAAGGAUGACUAUUUUAAUUUAGUUCAAAACUUGAAAUUAAUCGACCCAAGUAUAUUUGAGGUUUACGAUAAAGAACCACUAUAUACUUUUAGAAACGAAUUAAACUUAGACACAGAAGAUUCAGGUUUAGUUAUGUUGUAA